GGCCAUCGAAACUGUGUUUCCCGGCAAACGGAGUUUCCUCCUCUCGAGGUCGACGUAUGUGGGAUCGGGGAAGUACUCGGGGCAUUGGCUGGGGGACAACACGGCAUCAUGGGAUCAGCUCAAGUGGUCAAUCCCCGGAAUUCUGGAAUUCGGGCUCUUUGGGAUCCCCUACGUCGGUGCCGACAUCUGUGGGUUCUUUGAGGACACGACGGAGGAGCUGUGCCGGCGCUGGAUGCAGGUGGGCGCGUUCUACCCCUUCUCCCGGAACCACAACACCGAACUCUGCGCC